AUGAAGUACUCUGUCAUUCUCUCCCUCGGUUCUCUCGCCGCUACUACAUCCGCCCUGGGCAUUAACUGCCGCGGCUCUUUUGCCUGCGGUGGCGGCAGCGGAAACCUCAUCAACCUCAAAUCGAUUGUCGACAACAUCCAGCCUCGAGACCGCUUCUAUCCGGCUCAGCAGCAGAUUGCCUGCACGGGCGAUACUUGCGCCUUCUUUCAAAAUGGCGCCAGCGGCACAGCUGAGCAGGUUUCUGCAGACCUGCAAGCCCUGUUGGACCACGGUUGUAAGAAAUGCGGCUCGGUUCCUACUCAGCCUGGCAAUAAUGUUGCGGAUGGACAGUUGACGGUUAACUAUUCGGCCGCAAACUACUACUCCAUUGACCUGCCUGAGACUAUUCUGAAAGCAGAAAUGCGUGUUUUUCCCCGCGAGCCUGAAUCUCAGCUUGACGUCAGCUGGGAACUUCGGGACAUCGGCCCAUCAAGGUCAACGGAUGCCAAAGAGGAAAUUCGUGUGAAUGAUCGGCAAUGCAGCAACUGA